AUGUUGCGAAGGGCUGUUGCUGUUGGUUCUCCAUUAGCUGCAGUGGCGCCAGCGCUGUGUCGCUGCAUCUCAACGGAGCACAAGGACCUUGCAGGACCAAGUCAGCAGGAGCCGCAGCCGCCCGCUGUUCCACACAACGAGCCGGUCCUCCCUAUAGACUUCAACCCGCACAUUGAGUGGUUUGAGUACCCGAAGGAGAUAUUUGACCCGAAGUACCCGUACACGCGUGAGGAAAGUAUUCGCAUGACAGAAGAGUCCUGGGAGAGUACGAUGGAUGAAAUGGCAAGCCGCUACGGCAUGCGCCUCAAUAUGUCAACGAAGCCAACAUUCUGGCUUGCGUGGAGCAUCAUGUUCUUUUACUCCUGGUAUACGCUGUGGGGUUGCUACCGCGCCAUGGGAACCGAGCCAGGAUGGACACACUUCCGCAACAUUGUGCUAAACCAGCCGAAUGUCCCGACGCUGGAGGACGAUGACAUUUACUUGGACCAGUGGAUACGCCCAGAAAUACGCGAGAAGCACGCAAAGUACGAGCGUUUCUGGAACUGGAAGCCGCUGGUGAACCGCGACGGGGCCAAGACAAGCUGGCAGAUACCGAUGCAGUACCAGGACGAGUCGGAAUGGAGGCACAUGACGAGCAAGUACUGA